AUGGUAGAGCUCUUUAUUGAAUUGGCCAAGCACCAAGUCGUGACGCAGAAGACGAUCUCUGCUGUCUUGAUCGCGUCCGAGGAGAACGGCGACAUUGCUGGCGUCGGCGUUGAGACGCUCAUGGAGACGGGCAAGAUCGACUUUCUCAAGAACGGCCCGGUCCUCUGGGUUGACUGCUCGGACAGCCAGCCCUGCAUCGGCACGGGUAUGAACUCAUCACGCGAUGCGACUUGA